UCUUGUUAUGCUUUGACACUAAUUUGCACAGUUUAGGUAGGCUGUAAGUAGGCUAUUUCUAAACUUUUUUUUUUUUUCCAGACAAAUAGGGAAUUUGUCAAGAAUGUUAAGAUUAAAUAUGAUCAAAUAUUUUGACACUUUUAAACAAACCGAAUAGAUAUAGUUGUUGGUCUGCUUUUUUGUAAUAUCAUUUUCUUACCCCAACAAAUCAUCAAUAUGUUACUUACGUACAUUCAGCCUCAAAAUAACAGACAGUUCUGGUCUAAAUAUAUAUGAUGGUGCAAGAACGGAAUGCGAUAUAUGGUCGAAUUACAUUGCAGCAAUCGAAAAGAUGACUGACCGGCACUCGUUCAGUACCGCAUACCGCCAUCGCAUCCGUGACCGCAUUUUUCUCGGCUUGCAUAACAUAUCGCGUGACUUACUAGGUUAGUAACGUGAGGGAACGGACAGCAGAGAAGGCGGUGUUGAUGAUGGUAGGAGGAGAUUGUGCGUCGUCGUCUUCCGCGUUUCCCCGGAUUUCAACCACUGUCCUGAUUCCAUCGUGUCCUCUCCUUGUACGUUUUUACGCUCGGCCCACCCUCCCAAUUGAGUUAGUUGUAAAGAAAAAAAUUUAAUCAAUUAUACAGGCCUCGCCGCCCCCCCCCCUCCGCCUUCACCUCUCCUCUUUCUCUCCCCCCUUUGCAAAUAACUACCACCGCCUUCGUUCUCCACAUGAAGCAUCGGAGUACUGGGCCCCGGCGUACCGGCUCCAGCCAUGUCGGCGAGGAAUACAGCGGCUGGCGGCGAUGACGGAGCGACGGGGGAAAAGCAAGGAGACGCAUUAGAGGAAGAACCCCAAGGCCUCUCUGUCUCUCUGUCUGGUUUGAUGACCCCCACCUCAGCCACCAGCAUGGCCUCAGGCAUGGAGCUGCCCAGGAAACGAAAAGGCAGCAUGGACAACCCGGAAACAAAAUCUGCAUCAAAUCUAGAGGAGGAUAUGGAGGACGAUCAAGGAAGAUCGGAAGGAGACGACCAGCACUUAAAAAUUAAGUGUGUCAGAGAACCUCACAGUCAGAUCGAGAAACGACGGCGAGAUAAGAUGAAUAACCUGAUUGACGAGUUGGCAGCGAUAAUUCCCACCUGUAACCCCAUGUCCCGCAAGCUUGACAAACUCACUGUGUUACGAAUGGCUGUCCAGCACCUCAAAUCACUCAAAGGAGCAACCAGCUCGUUUGCAGAAGCCAAUUACAAGCCUGCAUUCCUCCCAGACGAUGAGCUCAAACACCUUGUCCUAAGGGCUGCGGAUGGAUUUCUCUUUGUGGUUGGCUGUGACCGUGGGAAGAUAGUCUUUGUCUCAGAAUCGGUUUCAAAAAUGCUGAAUUACAGUCGGACGGAGUUAAUUGGACAGAGCCUGUUUGAUUAUGUUCAUCCUAAGGACAUUGGUAAAGUGAAGGAACAGCUGUCUGCCUCUGAACUCUACCCACGGGAGCGCCUCAUAGACGCCAAAACGGGAUUGCAGGUGCAGGCUGAGCUCCCCGUCGGAGCGGCUCGGCUUUGCUCUGGAGCCCGGCGCUCAUUCUUCUGCCGAAUGAAGUACAACAAAGUUACCGUCAAAGAAGAGAAGGACUUCCAGGCUGGGGCUUCAAAAAAGAAAGAGUCACAGCGGUACUGCACUGUGCACUGCACGGGCUACAUGCGCACCUGGCCCACGCGCCAGCUAGGCACGGAGGGGGAGGCCGAGACGGAUAAAGAGAGCUCCCACUUCAGCUGCCUGGUAGCAGUGGGCCGCGUGCACCCCCACACCCUCCCGCAGGCCAACGGAGAGAUCAAGGUCAAGCCCACUGAAUUUGUCACCCGCUAUGCCAUGGAUGGCAAAUUCACCUUUGUGGAUCAACGAGCCACCACCAUUCUGGGUUAUUUACCCCAGGAGCUGCUAGGCACAUCCUGCUAUGAAUACUUCCAUCUGGACGACCUGCCUCAUUUGGCAGAUAGACACCGAAAAGUGCUGAGGAGUAAAGAGAAGAUUGAGACAAACUGCUAUAAGUUUAAAACGAAAUAUGGUUCUUUUGUAACCUUACAAAGUCAGUGGUUUAGUUUUAUAAAUCCUUGGACCAAAGAAGUAGAAUACAUAGUGUCAACCAACACAGUUAUAUCCGGUAAAAGUAAUCCAGGUGGAUCAGGGGAUAAAUCUGAGCAGCCUAGCAGUUCCAAGGCCUCGGAGGAUGAUGCCAAGAAGUCCCAACAAGUUCCAAUCAUCCCAGGGAUCUCCAGUGCAUCAGGCAUGAUUUACGCUGGGUGCAUAGGGACCCAAAUUGCUAAUGAGAUAAUGGACUAUAAUAGGAUGAACUCAUCACCAUCCAGCGGCAAUACAAGUCCAUUCAGUUUACUGCAGGACAAGUCUCCACUGGCCCUUGCGCAGGCCAGCAGCAAUGUGCCAAAUGGGGAAGCGACAGAUGUGGAGAUGCCUGGCAAAUCAAGCUCAGAGGAGGAAGCGAGGGGUGGGGCCUUCACAGCGGGAGAAAGUCUGAUGGAGGGGAGCUCUCAGUUGGAUCUGGAGGGGGUUCCUGGGUUAGGCGCUCUGAGCACUGACGAGGCAGCCAUGGCGGUCAUUAUGAGCUUACUGGAGACCGAUGCCAACCUGGGUGAGGCCGUGGACUUUGACGAGAUGCACUGGUCUCUGUGAACACCGCUCAAGUUUUUUUUUUUUAAAAGACCCAUCUUAUCUGGAGCUUUUUAAAACGAACCAUCCAUUAAUUUUCAUGGGGCAACAAGCCUUCGGCAAUUCUUUGGCUUUCAUGUUUUUAAUUUAUUAGUGUUUUUUUAAUGUGUACGGACAAGCUGCAUGGCAGGUUAUCUGAUGGCUGCCCUUGGUGAAGGAGAACCAAAGGGGACGGGGGUCUCUCUGAGUACCUUAAGCUGAGUACCUUAAGCAACAGGACCAGGUUUUAUGUGGUCUGGUGUGCAUUUCUUCACCUCAGCUCUGAGGUCACUUCUGCCCCUUGGCAUGGAUCAGAACGGAGAGACAUUCUUGGCCUGUUUUGCCAUGUUGAGAAACGCAUGCCUCAGCCAAGCCAUAAGGCAAGAACCCAAAUGGUCCACUGUGAUCCAGUGGCGUAAGGAUUUCAAAACGGUUUCCUUAGUCAAUCAACACUUGAACUGAUGCUUUUGAGGCAAAGCUGGACUAAAUUAAAAAAAAAAAAAACGUCAUGGGAUUCCUUUGGCAAGGGAAGCCUGGUAGUUAUUUUACCCUUUUAGAGCAGAAAUCGUCUUGAAUUCAAUGUUUUUUUUUUUUUUUAUGAACAAGAGUGGAACAACGGGGAGGGGUUUUGGUAAGUGCUUGUGGUCAUUUGUCAAACAGAACUACUUGAAAAGACUGUGGAAAAAUCAGAAAAUUGAGGAUCACCGUUAGGCCUGACAUUUGUUUUUCCUCUCUAGUCUACAAACCUGUGUGUGAAUGUGUACUUUUCCCUCAGACCUUCGUCUGUCCUGCCAGGGCUAUGCUUUUCUAAAAACAGGGCCGCCACUAAAAUUUACAGGGACUGGGACAACAUUUUUAGAGGACCUGGGACAAUGUUCUUGGUUGUUGCCCUCUUAGUUAGAUGUAUUAGUUCUGCUGUUCUGAAGGAUGGUCCUGAUGGAGAUGGGCAGGGCAGGGUCUCUCAGGGAGCAAUUCAUGGAAACCCUUCUCAAAAUCCUUUAGCGGAUCAGCAAAGUACCACUUUUUAGACACUUGUGUGAAAGUGGUGUUUAAGACUUCUUCAGGGCUUCAUUCUUUCAUUAGUUCUUCUUGUUUAGUUAUGUGCAAAGAGGUAUAACAUGCUCAACGUGAUCAACAUUUAGAAGGUGAUUGUUGUUUAAACUCUGUAUUUUGGAAUUAUAUCCCAUAAUUUUAGUUAUGGGAAUAACCUAAUCUCUACUCGGCUUCAAAAUACUAACAAAAUCACUUUUUAUGCAGUAAAAUAACAGCAGAGAUGUUUUUUCACAUUCUUCCUGCUUCAAGAAGAUAUUUAAUACAAAUCCAGCCAUGAAGUCUUGAUAGUAACCCACUUUUAAAGGUAUAAUGCACCCUAAAAUGGACAAAAUGUGUAUCGUUUACUCACCCUCAUGUCUUUACAAACCUGUAUGACUUUCUUUCAUGGAACACAAAUGGAGAUGUUUAGAAGCAUGUUCACUCUGCUCUUUUCCACGUAAUGAAAGUUAAUGGUGACCAUGGGCUUUCAAGCUUCAAUAAGGACGAUAAAAAGCACCAUAGAAGUAAUUCAUAAGAUUUGUGCGCUAUAGUCCAACUUAUCCCUUCAUAGAUCUCCAAUUUAAUUUAUGCAAUUUUCUCAGUUUCAAUAUUGCAUUUGAUCCUAUGGCUAGAAUACACUACAAGACUUUUGCCCUAAUUACAGUCUGGAGGAGUCGAUGCUAGUUGCCAAAAGUCAGAGCCAGCAUGCAGCUUUUACAGAUUCACAGAAAAUCACGUUGAAUGCUGGGCACAGAUUCAGAUUUUCUAGCUUCAGACUAUGAUUCCAUUCAGUCGGAAGAUAUCAGACAUGUUUGGUAUUUUGAGCUGAUUUUAGAACACACAUUGUUUUCAUUUGUCAUAUAUCUCCUAGCAACAAGGCACAUUUCUUAGUGCGUUUGUUGUGUUUGAAAUGACUAUGAAGUCUAGUAGUGUGUCAUCUGCAGUUGUUAAGUCUAUGAGUUCGCAAGUGUAUGAUCCCUGGUGGUUUGAAAUCUGAUUUUAAAAGUCAGGUAGUGCAUUCUAGUCAUAAAGAAGAAAGAAAAUCAUACAGGUUUUGAAAAUAAUGCUGGAAUUUCCAUUUUUGGCUGAACUAUUACUUUAAUUGAAGACAAGAGAUCUAAGAAUAUGUUUUUGCCAUGUUUUAGUAGUAUUAAAUUAAUCUUUAAAUGGAUAAAUCAAAGACAAUGUCCGCUGUAGUUUUGAACCUGUUUUCUCAGAAGGCUACAAUCUCAGAAACAUGACACCUCUUUUUGGGCAGAUGAUCUUUGUAGGCUGUUAAAAUGAUGCUAUCAAAUGCCAUUUAUUGUAAUAUUCCCUAUUUUGUAUAUUAUAUUUGAAUUCUUAUUGUGUGUGCACAUCCUUGGGAUACUGAUUCUCUCUGCUUUUUCUCUUUCUAAAUUUCUCAAAUUUUCAAAAAAAGUCAUCUGAUUCCCCUGGGUAAUCGUUCACCUCAAUCAAUUCACAUUUCAGCAUGGCUUUGUAUCUGAUUUUGCACAUUUUCUUCCGAAAUUUUGCUUCCCUUCGUACUGGUGACCUUUCAUUCAGACGAUAAGUGUAUUGAACUGCUUUACUGUGACGGUGCACAUGUGCCACAGGAGUCUCAUGGCCUUGCGUGAUGGAAACGGCUGAUUCUGACCGAUUAUACCAAAGCUAUUUGACCACAGACAUAUUUCAAGUACCCUUAACGCUCAGCUGCCCUGUGCUGUCAGAUGAUCUGUAAUUCUGUGACUAUAGUGUGAGCUGCUUUUUUAAAAAAUGUCUUCAUAUCAUUGUCUACUCUGUCACAUGCUGCCAAGAGCUUACUUGAAGGGAGGAAGCCACCCACCCAAUCCAACUGAAAUGAAAUGCUGUGCACAUCUUUAGUGUGAAAAUAAGUCUUGCCACGACCCAUUGUUCAUCCAAUGCUUGGCUUUGCAAACGUAACGCAUUACCAAGAAAUAUAAAUGGGGCUUUUCCUUAAACCUGACUGAAAUUUCAUGGGAUCGACUGUAAGUGUUUGUCACACAGGUGGUUAGAUGUGUUAGCCUAUCACUAUUCUGGUAAGAUGACCAGUUAGGGAUUUUGAUUAGGCAGUUGUAGCCUUAAGCACAGGAACAGCUGCUUCGUUUGCCCCCAAUGUACAAGCAUUGCUCUGUGCCAUAACUGCAGGCUUGUCCUAAAAGACAAAAUUGUGAUUUAUAUUGUGUUUCCCACUCCCCCACAUAGCUUCACUGUUUUUUAAAGUAAUAGUUCCCCCCAAAAUGAAAAUGUACUCACCCUCAGGC